UCUUGGAAGCAUAGGUACGCCAUGUUCUCGGUCGUUGUAAUCAGAGAGAAAUGGUAGUUAAAGCAGGAAGAAGAUAGAGAGAGCAAAAGGUGGUAGAAGUGGAAGGGCGAAAGAAGGAAAGGGGGAAGAGUGAGAAAGAAACAGAUAGACGAAUGACAGAAAUGCAUAGUCGUGGUGGGUAGCAGCAGCAAGAACAGGCAGCAGCAGCGCAUAGAGGAUAGAUCGCAUCGUCCACGCGUAAUUCGGGGCGUGUGCUAGGUUGGUCGUUUUCCCUAGCUCGUGUCCGUGACUGCGUAUCGAAGAUGUAUCUACAGUGGCAGUGCGGGAUACGCGUCAUCGUCCCGUGACGGCGACGUUAAAGAGUUGCGAGACCGUAGAGCACGGUGUGGGCAGGUCGCGGCCAUUUUUACCACACGAUGCGGCAACCGUGCGUGCCCGUUCGAUCCGCCAUUCCAAACAAUCGGUGUACUUCGUGCCCUCGCAGGGUACUUCUAGCCACGGCGACUCGUGGAGGCACCAUCGGGAAACGAUAAUACGUGUCAUUGAAACGUGAACGUUUCCUUUGGUCGGACACGACCAGAGACGAAAGCUCGUGAAAGCCGGCAGUGCUACUGGUGGUGUUGGUGCUGGUGUUGGUGGACGUCGUCGACGACGACGUGGAGGAAGAGGAGAAAGAAAGUAAGAGGGAUGAUACGAUGAUACGAUGAUCGUGUGAUGAUCAUGGCGAAGAAGAAACGACUUGAAUGGAACGACUUGAUACAUUGGAAUAUAUGUAUUAAUAAAUACAUUGGAGCUAUUGGAGCAUGCCUGUGAUUCGUGUUUAAUAAUUGCACAGUGUUGUUCGUCGAUGAUAGUGUGCCGUUUAGUGGCCAGUGUGUCUCUCCGUUUGUUUCGGUGUUUCACCUACGGUUUUCGUCGUCGUUGUCCGCCCUGUGCGUGCGUGUUUCGCGUGUACCUCCUCGCCACGCACAUCGGAGUCUCUCCUCUUCCUCGGCAACGCGAUCGAUGUGACACCGUGUGACCGCCUGUGUGAACGUCUUUUACUAACGAAAAUUCUCUCUCUCUCACUCUCUCCCUCUCUUUCUUUCUCUCUUUCUCUCUUUCACUCGUUAACUCUCAUUCUAUAGAACUCUCGCAUCUAUAGAACUGAUUCCUGGAAUACGAGAAGAAACGGGGGAAUCGAACCGAGAGUGUUAUAGAUGCGUGUGUCCCGUCGGUAAACGUCCUGUCUUGUCUUCUUGUGAGAGUGUGUAUCCAAAAGGCAGUGUGUGUUCUCUUACUCGCGCUCUCUCCACUGCCUCUCCGUUUCCCCCCCUUACCCUCUUUCUCCAUCGUUCCAUCAGUGUCCCUCUUAUUCAUUUAUUCUUGUUUUCUCUGUUUUUCCAUCUCUCUACCGUUCCCUUAUUAUUCUAUACUUUCGCCGUCUUUCCUAGUGAUCUCUCUUCCUCUCAUGGUAAAACUGCAUUAAAGACGACCGUAGAUAGAAUGCUCGACGACACCACGAUAAUACAACGGUUGUCAUCGUUCACGUCGUCGUCGUCAUCGUCGUCGUUCUCGUCCAGUUCUACUUGUUCAUCGUCGCCGUUCACGGAUCGUCUCCACUUAUUUCCCGGCUUGUUCCUCUGUCGAGGAAUCAUCGAGCAAGCUGAAUCGUCGUCGUCGUCAUCGUGGUUCUGGUCGUUGUCGUUAUUAAGGGCACCUCGAUCGUGAGGUGUCUUGGUGGACGUGCCGAUAUUCUCGUAUAGCGGGGCGCGACAACGGCCUCUCGUACGAGAACAGGACGUCUGCCUCGAGAUGGAGAUCGAGGCGAAACAACGGAACCAGAGGAAUCGGAGACGAGAACGAGCCCAGCGUAUGUUGGCGCAAAGGGAGAGUUUGGCGAGCGCGAAGCAGCAACAGCAACAACAGCAACAACAAACGAGACAACGGCCGAACGACGAGGAGGACAGCCACAGCGGUGAGGACGAGGACCCCGCUGCCGGUCUUGGCCUCGGACUUGCUAGGACCGGUCAUCCUCGUGAUAGCCAUUCUCGACCGCCCAGGCCACCGCGACCCCCGAGGCCUCGUAAGAAGUCUUCCCUUGCGGCUGCCAACCAGAAGGAGCCUCCCUUCGAAGAGGACAUUAUCGACGGCUUUGCCAUACUUGCCUUCCGCACCUACGAAGAACUUGAGAGUGCAAUAAAACUAGCUGGCAAAAAUAAUGUCAAGAAAUUACAUACAUUACUGUCAAUAGUGGAAGAGAAACCAAAGGUGGAUAUAGGACAAAAUAAUAGACACAACGAGCAUCACAUCAAAAACCAUUUCAAGCACAACCAUUAUACACAUAAUUCCAUACUGACACCAUCUACAAUUAACCAGGGCCUAGAUGCAGGUACAAGUGACGAUAGUGGUAGAGCAUCUGAACAAUUGCAUGGCCCUGGUAUACCUAGGGAUUGCCAGGACGCCGACAGUUCCAGGGACCACCUCAGCGAUGCUAGCAGUCAUUGCAGUUCGGGUAAAGGUUAUAUCUGUGAUAGUGAAGGAGAAGACGAUAAGGGCUCGGAUGCUGAAUCGAUACUCUUUGAAUCUUCUACCCCACCACCUCUUGCACGUAAAUACGAAUUGCCGUCAUCUUCACCACACGUUUUGCCUCCAGCAAACGGAGCAGGAGGUUCACCUCCAGACACAGGUGGACAAAUUUCCAAUCCAGCAACGGAUGCUCCAGCGCCUAUACCACCUCCUGUGCCUGCGUCUGCACCAGUUCCAACAGCACCAAGUCCUCCCAGUCCUACUCUACCCCCUCACAUAUCCCAACCACCUAUGACUAGUCCGUUGGCAGCAAACCCACGUGCAAUAGCUCCGCAGCAGCGGCCAGCUUCCCCUGCUCUGCCACCUCCUUCCUUGCCCCAACAGCCUCAUACAACAAUACCUGCAUUACAUCCACCUAAUGUACCCCUCGUUUCAUCGAGUCACACAACUAGUCCCGCGGUAGCCAGUUUAGGCGUUACUCCAGCAGCACCAUCGAACGGAGCUACAACUACUAGCUAUCCACCAUCGAUACCCAUGGCUGCUUAUCCUCAGACCCAACCAUCUUAUCCACCUCUUUAUACACCAUACACCGCUCUAAAUCACAGUCCAUACCUCCCACCUGCGGUUCCAUCUCCCUCCCAUUCUGCUUCUUCACGAGCAGAAGUGAGAGGAAGUAGAGCUUCCCCAUGUACUAACAUAAGUAAACAACAACCUAUAGGAAAUAAUACCACAAAUCAUAAUACUCCUUUGAGUGCUGCCACCACAACAUGUGUGUCUACUAUAACUAAUACAGUUACUACAGCAAAUACCAUUGCUCAUAGAGACAUGGUAGCCUGUAGUUUGACUGGAAGAAACAAUAAUUCGCCUCGUGGACAUAGCCCAAAUCGGGAAAGAGAUAGUUAUAGCAGUAAUGUCAGUAGCCUAAGUCGAGGUAGCAUAACGCCUGUAAGUGUGCCAAACACAUCUUCUCCAGCCAAUUCUAGUCUACCUGCUUACACCAAACCACAGGGAUGGAUUGGUAGCAGCACAACUUCACAAUUGUCUCCGGCAACUGCAACAUCAGUUCCAAGGCCAACACCUCCACCAGUACCACUUGGCAUGCACACGUUUCCUCCGCCAAUGUUCGCGGCACCCUUACCUCCUCCCGUAUCCAGUUCCAGUCCACAUACGUCACUGCCUUCACUGCCACCACCAACGACCAAUCCUAAUCCAUUCUCUGCCGAGUCACUUUUUCAAACAAGGGUGACUCAUGUCGCAGGUCAGGCAGACCUGUUAAGGCGAGAGCUUGACAAUAGAUUCUUGGCAUCCCAAGACAGAAACGUUGGAGUCGCAGUUGGGAAUCUGGGUCCGCCUCCAUAUCUUAGGACGGAGAUGCAUCAUCAUCAACAUCAGCAUACUCACGUACAUCAACACACCACACCUCUGCUUCCACCGACGGCCGCGACAACUUUGUUUCCGCCUCCUAUAUUCAAGGACAUCCCGAAAUUGGGAGGUGUUGAAUCUCCAUUUUUUCGUGGAAAUCUGAACCUUUCUAGUUAUUCUGGCUUUAAUACCGGUCUCUUACAUCCUGGAAUUGGUCCACCUUCAACACCUUUUGUACCUCCCAAUCAUUUGACAUCAUUUGCACCAAAGAAAAGUGGAAAAUGGAAUGCAAUGCAUGUUCGUAUCGCUUGGGAAAUUUAUCACCACCAACAAAAACAGCAAGCGGAAGCGAAGGCCGGAAGUGUCGUUAAUACUAAAACAGAACUCUUGAGACCACCAGGUCAUCUUUACCCAGGAGCCCCGGGAACUGGUCUUGGAAUAGGAGCACCUUCAAUGGCACCACCAUUUCCCACUAAUAUACCACCAGCGCAUCCUGCACCACCUCCACCUCAUCCUGUCGGUUUUCUAUCCACGCCAGCAUCACAUUUAGGAACGGGAAUGUCACCAUUCGGAAGAUAUCCAUCAACAUUUGGUGCGCCGAAUCCAAAUUUCCCUGGUCUUUCUAGUUUUCCUCCCUCGAGGGAAAUGCCACCAUUGGGUGGUCUAGGUUCUGUACACGAUCCAUGGAGAGGAUUACAACGAGCCUCUACUGGAUUUCCACCAACUACAGCGGUAUCAUGGAAUUUAAAACCGGAACCACCUGCAAUUGACAGACGAGCGGAACUCGAGGAACGAGAGCGAGAGCGGGAGCGCGAACGCGAACGCGAACGAGAACGUGAACGAGAACGCGAACGAGAACGCGAGCGUAUAAGACGUGAGAAGGAAAGAGAACGGGAAGAGCAACGUGAAAGGGAGAGACGAGAGCGCGAAAAAGAAGAAAAGAGAAAACAACAGGAAGCUGCCGAACGAGAAAGAGAAAGGAGGGACAAAGAACGUCGAGAGAUGGAAAGACGCGAGAUGGAACGUGAAAGGUUACUUCAUCAAAAUCGGCAACACGUUGUUGUAGGUCGGGAACGAUCACCUUUAAGAAACGGAUCUGCAACUAUAGAAAGUGGGGAAGUACGCGUGAAAGAAGAACCACGAAGUAAAGACGACGAAGUUGUGAUGCUUCCAAGGCCACCGGGUCCUGGGCCUGGAGCAGUGUCCGCAACAGGACCUGGACCAAGUCCACUGCCUGAGACAAGGUAUCAUCACCCUCAUCCUCAUUCAUACCUUGCAAGGCAUCCGCAUAGCAUGCCUGCUCCGCAUUCCAUGCCACGAAGUAUGCUGCCUGGUUUAAGCGCACAUCCAAUGCAGCAUUUUCCACCUCCAUCUGCGCCUACCGGUCAACCAGGAGGUCCUUGGCCUGGAGAUCCUUUCCGAGAUUAUCGUUACGAUCCUUUACAACAAUUACGUUAUAAUCCAUUGAUGGCUGCUGCUGCAUUUCGAGCAGAAGAAGAAGAAAGGGCUAAACUAUACGCCGGGUAUCCACCACCACCAGUAAAUACUUUGAGAAGCAAGGAUCCAAGCCCUGGUCCAUUAAGUAAUUUGCAUAUGCAUCAUAGAGCAGGACCUGGACCCGGGGUGCCAACACGACAACUAGAGCCCGCUUUGAUGCACGCAGAUAUACAUAAGAAGGAGGAUGCUUCCCAAUCUCGAUGAUAUAUCCUCCCCACGUCCUCAGCUUCUGCAAGUGAACGCACUAAAGGGUCAGCAUUCUGAGCAUUUCCGUAAAGUUUUCAGACCCCAGUGCUGAUAUUUUGCUAAUGGAGAAGAGGCGUUAUUUAAAAGAAAUUGUACAUAGAUUAUAUAAUAUUUAUAGUUAUUGACGAAGUGCGAUGAAAUAAAAAACGUAUAGAACAUUUAAAAAUAACAAAUAAAUGCAUUCGUGCGGCUCGUAAAAAGAUCAUUGACAAAAAUGCCUAGUUUAUGACCAUGGAAAUUCCGUUUUAUUACGUGAUGGAAGUUAAAGGACGAAUCAUCGAUGCAAAUAAACUGUGGCAUUUAUUGAAAUAAUGUGGUCACAAAAAGAGAGAAAACAAAUAAUGACGUCGUUAUGUGAUUCUGUAUAAGUUUCGGGGAUCUGACUGUUCAUAGCGAUAUAAACUUUAAUCAUUACGAUAACUAUGCGUAUAGUUAAAAAAAAAAGUAUCGUGUGUAAUAUUAUAGAUAUUGUAGAAUGCGAGACGUUGCUACGUAAAGAAAGAAAUCCAAGUUAAAAGCAAACUUAAGCGGAUCUCUACCACUACUCAAAAAUUAUUUAAUUAUUUAUUUAUUGCGUCGUAUAAACGAAUCUCUACUACUGACGUACAGAUACGAUCGUAAAACAAGUUGCCCUAAUUUAAUCGAUAUAAUAUAACAAAAAAAAGUUACAUAUUUCCUUUUUUUCCAUAGAGAUUAAUUUGUACCGUAGGAAUAAUACUAAAAAACACGUACGAGGGGGCAAAAAACUGAUAUCUUUGGCUUUUGGCAGCACAAGCUCGCUUUUCCUUUUUCAUUUGCAUGCAAAUUAGAAUCGCACUCUGGUGCUUCCUGUGAUAUGUAUAAAACGUAAGAUUAUUUAAAAGUAUUGCAGUUAUUUUUCGUCGUAAUUAUAAGGAGAAUAACAAACACAAAUUGUAAAUCAAAUUCUUUUUCGAGAAAUUAUAAGCAGGGAUAAUCUAUCUACUGCAAUACAUUUUGCAAUAAAAUAAAAUGAAAAAAAAUUUAUAUUUGUCAGGAAAAUUAUAGGAUUUGUGAGUAAACAGAUACAAAAGCAGUUUGUCCGUGCCAAAGUGCUUUAAUCAAAAACACAAUUAACGCUAUGUAGAGAUAUUGCAACUUCUGAUUUUGUACCUAUCGAAAUUGAAAAAGAAAUAUUGUUUUAUAUCCUUGUUUCAUCGUCCUCUCAAUUUAUCAGCCAUAUACGUAGUUAUGUUACCAGAGAGCUAAUUCAAGAUCUCUCUUAAGAGGAAAAACAAAAUAAAAUAUUCGUGCCAUGGACCAGGCUACGUUCGAAAAUCCUGGUGCCUCCAAAAAUAUACUUACUUCUGUUAAAUAAUCAGGCUCUUUAAACUGUUUCGUUCAUAUUGUAAAGUCACCAUAAAAAAAUGUGUAUUAUAUAAUUAACGACCAUAUGCAAUUUAAAAAUUGUAGAUAUUUUUUAUCGAUACAAAGUUGCAAUGUGAUGCAAUGAUUCUGUUCUUGUAGAUAUUGAGGAGUAUAAAAGAGGAUUUUGUGUGAAUAGGUUUUUUCUAAAAUUGAUUCUUUGUAAAAGGGUCUAAUAAUCAUAGUUUCUAUCAAA